AUGACUAAUUUGCGUUCGUCAACAAGAGGAGUUCCACUUCGACUCGAACCGAUCAGGUCACCAAGUAAUGUCAAUCCACAAUAUCCACCGAAUUCGAAUGCUUUACAUAAUACUUCAAGUUUUCGUCCUAUAAGUAAUUUAUCGUCACAUCAACCUCCAAUUCCUAACCAAAAACAUCAAGUACCAAAACCUCAAAGACCACAAACAAAUCAGAUGCUUAAUGCUGGAGGAGAUACACGUUAUUAA